CAGGUAGUCAAAGACCUUCUUGCGGCGCGCUCCCCGCUCCCGACCAGUACUAGAGCCCCAUGAUGACGAGGAUGACGGCUCGUACUGUGACAUUGGCGUGAAGCCUGAGCUCUUGUUGUUCCCCGCUCGCAAAGCUCCGGUGCUUUGCGCCAGCCUCCUAUGUACAAAACCACCAGUCGCAGAAGCCGACCGACCAGCCAAACGGCUCCCCUUUCUGUUCAGGUAACCAAGGAUACCCUUCCGACCAGAGUCCCGUUUGCGUGCGAGUCUCGCCUGCCGCUUCACUAAAGCCCGGUAUAGUCCUGCCUGUGCUCGAUGUCGAAGAGCGGGGAUCGUUUCGUGACGGAGACUCCAGAGACGAGACUGCGCACGGAGGGGGUCGUGUGGACCGAACAGGAAGCGAAGGAAAUGGCGGAAGAGUUUCCCUGUUCUCGAAUGGCGAGCUGCUGGGAAGCGGAGGGGCGGAGGAGGAAGGGGUGGCCUGAUAGGGGCCCGGGGGGAGCGCCAGCGAAAGCGAGGGAGUUGUUGGGGCGCCACGGUAAUUGGAUAUGUUCAGGGAGGUAUAGGGGAGAUUAUGGUGGUAUGUGAGUGAAAGAAAGAACGGAUGAUGGAGGGAAAAGUGA